GGGAAGGUCUGGUUUCCGAACUCAGGUUCUAGAGAGAGAGAGAGGACGAGGAAGGAGAAGAUGCCGCUGACUACGACGAUGAUUGGAGCACUACUGGGUGUAGGUACCCAGAUGUAUUCAAACGCCCUUCGCAAACUUCCUUACAUGAGACAUCCAUGGGAACAUGUAGUAGGCAUGGGAUUGGGAGUGCUUUUUGCCAACCAGCUAGUCAAAUGGGACGGCAAGCUUCAAGAAGACUUGGACAAGAUGCUCGAUAAGGCUAAGGCUGCUAAUGAACGCCGAUACUUCAAUGAGGAUGAGGAUUAAGAAUCUGGCAUUGUGGACGUGUCGACAUGAGAUUAGCCUGCUAAAAGUCUUUUUAUAUAAAUUGUUUGAUGCAUUUCUUAUGUUUUGGAUAAUAAUAUCAGGACAGACAUUCCAAAAUAAUUGGCCUUGUCAUCUUUCUACCAAAAAGACUUACCUGAAGGCAUACAGGAUUUGUAAAUUUUUGAUAUUUGAUAUUUGAAUGUUGAUUAUGGUGGUCAAUAGCCCCAAAGGUAUUCUCAAUUAAUGAUGGUUAAUAUCAAAGAAUUUGUGAUUGUUUGAGAAAUGACUUGUGAUUUGAUGCA